AUGCUUGUCCCGCGGCCGUUUAGAUGCUUUCUAUUGUGGCUCGUAAUCGCAUAUGUCACGUGUACGCCUUUUUCGACGCAGAAGAGCAGCCAUGCGAUCCGACAAUCUGAAGUGGGGGUGGUCACUGGAGUGAAGACGCGAGAUGGAAGCGGAAACGCUCAUGUUCGCCGUGAGGUCAGGGAUCUGAUGAACAACUUUCCAGACCAAUGGAGUCUUUACGUAUUGGCGCUUCGAAAGCUCCAUAAAACUCCGCAAAAUAAUCCCAACUCGUUCUACGGUCUCGCAUCGAUACACGGCAGACCUUACGAGGUCUGGGGAGAUGCGAAAGGAAUCCCAUCCAAGAUUGGCAAAGCAGGUUACUGUCCACAUGGUAAUGAGUUGUUCCUGGGCUGGCACCGCCCAUACCUUGCGCUUUUCGAACAAGUACUAUCUGAACAUGUUCUCGAUAUCGCUCGACAGGCACCCGCUGAUCAGAUGGAACGAUAUCUCGCCGCAGCCAGCGAGUUUCGCAUACCAUAUUGGGACUGGGCUCAGGGCACUACCACUGGCCCUGUUCCAGAUAUCUUUACAGCCCCAUACUUGACGAUCAUCGAUACAGACCGCACACCAGUUGUGAUUUCAAACCCGCUAUAUUCAUACACGUUCGAUCCUGUACCGGAAGGGUUCGAUAUGAAGUGGCGCCAAAUGAGCACAACGAUACGAUGGCCUGAAAACGACAGCCCUAAUGCGACAUCACAGCAAUCCAAGUUUGUAGAUGCCUUUAGAGCCCAGUCCACCAACUUGAUAGUUCAAGUGGGAGUCGCCUUCCGAUCCAGCACUUUCUCACGGUUCUCAAGUAUACUAGAAGACCCACAUGGUUGGAUGCACGGUGUGAUUGGUGGCGGCUAUACCGCCAAAGAACCUUGGGCCGGUCACAUGUGGCCACUAGAAUACUCAUCUUACGAACCUCUCUUCAUGUUGCAUCAUGCCAACGUCGACCGAUUGCUUGCGUUAUACCAAGGAGCGUACCCUGAUAGAUGGAUGCAACCGUCCAAUAUAGGCCCACACGGAAAUGUGUAUCUCGAGAAUUACCAGACUGUGAGUGCAGACACGGAACUUGUGCCGUUCAAGAAAGCAACCGGUCAGUUCCUCACUUUCAACGACUGUCGCAACACUACGAUUUUUGGUUAUGCGUAUCCGGAAACACAGCGUUGGAACUUUGCAUCGGACGAAGCAUAUCAGAGAAGCGUGGCAGCGACCAUCACGAACCUUUAUGGCGGACGUACACGCGCACAAGCUCAAGUCCAAGUUACCGCCCAACAUGUGACGGCUUUCGGACAAGCACUAUUGGAUAACAACAAUACGUACACAGAAUGGACUAUCGAAACCCAAGCUAUCGCUUCUAGGCUUCCCCCGACGUUUAUGGUCAGCUUUUCGCUCACCGGUAUCUUCCAGUCCGAUCCUACAAUCAACUUGGGAAGUUGGAUGAUGCUGAUGCCCGAGCGCGACGAUGUGCGCACAAUGGACGUUCAAUCAAAGCCAGAGAACAAGAUGAAGGGAACAACGAGUAUAACAACCUAUCUCGUUGAUCGAGUCAAUACCAAUGAGUUGUCCAGCCUGGAUCCGAAUGACGUGGUACCGUACUUGAGCUCCUACCUCACAUGGAACGUCUACAAUGAACGUGGGGAUCGCAUUCCGUUUCCCGACGCCGAGACACUGAAAGUGGAAGUCUUCGGCACGCCCGCGCGCCUACCAGACGACCCCAAUGCGCCGAUUGAGUACAGCGAAGGUGACGCCAUACCUUACCCAGAAAUCACGGCAGGCAGAACGGGUCGUGUGAGUAAGAACCCGCCAGGUAUGAUGCCUCCCUGA